CUUUACGGUUAAACUUGUAAAUAAAUACUCACCUUCGUCCUACUCUCCUUGUCCUGGUCUGCUUCUGGGUUCUACUUUAGAAAGUCGUGACACUUGGGUUAUCAAUAUUUAACAUUGUGCCUGCCUGGUCCCUUCGGGGGAUUAUAUUGCACUUCUGGGCCGUGAUGUCAUGAUACUCAGAGAGAGAGAUGGAGGGAGGGGGAGAGAGAUAUCAGAGACUCAGACUGGCCUGUGGCUUUCAUCAAAGAUAGAACACUUGACCCAGCAGAGGCUAAAGAGCAUGCUGUUGGUCUGUCUGAGUUGAGGGCUGGGGGACAAGGGAGACUGGCUGUGGCUGCUAUAGUGGACUGGACAUUAGAGGAGUGUGUGAGGUGGAGUGCAUCUCUCUUUUUCUCUCGUUUUCUCUGACGGGGGCAGGGGAGAGGCAGGCUGGGCUGUGCACUAAAGCUAUCACAGGGCUCAUAAGGAAGGGGGGAGGAACAGAAGAGAAAAGAGGCUGCUGCUGCUACAGUAUGUGCAGCUGCUCCCAACACAGUCCCCUCUUCCUCUCUUUCUCUUACUUUCCCUCUCUCCUCGAUCUUUCUUUCUCUAUCUUCUCACACCAUGGAGCCCAACAUGGAGCCCAACAGUCCUAAGAAGAUCCAGUUUUCUGUACCUGUCCGACAGAGUCAGCUGGACCCUCAGGCAUCGGAGCAUAUCCGUAAGAGGAGACCUACACCAGCCACCCAUGCCAUCUAUCUUCCACCAGACCUAACUGCAGCAAAUGACAAGCAGACUACAAGUCAUCAAGGAGAGACCCAGAGUGCAGGGGCAUCUCCCGCUCAGAGAAAACACAGCGUCUACACUCCGCCCACCAUGAAAGACUGCUUUAGAGGCCAUGAUGAGGACAGAGACAGCCUGCCUCCUACCAGACUGGCCAAGUCUCACACAGACACGCUGGCCCUAGCAGAGGAGCUAUCAGGGGCCCUGCCACGACUGGCAGACACACCGAGGCGCAAAGACACCCCCUACCAGCACCAGCCUCCCUUCACUCCAGGGGUCAAGCUGCUCAAGAGCAAAUCAAAGAUCUCCUUCCCUGAGGAGGAAGAGAAGGAGGCGGAGGAGGAAGAAGAUACCAAGAAGUAGGAUCCAAAGUGAAGCGUGAGGAGCAGACAAACUGUUGGCCAUGUUUCUGAUAGUUCAAACACAUGAAUGGGUAAUGAACUCUUGGUAAGAGAUGAUGCUAAACUAUCAGGUUAUCAUUUCUAACCUGGGAAUCCAUUUUAUUCAGCCAUGCGUUGUUGAGAUCAAGAAAGGACAAUGUCAUUCAUUUGUCUGUACUGUAUCUCAAACUCUUAGUUGGUUAUGUAUGGUUAAUUGUUGUUAGAUAUUGUAAUAAGAGAGUAUAUAUGAGAAAUUUCAACAGCAAUACUGGCUGUUAUGCAGUGAAAUUAUAUCUGGAAAUAUACUGGUUUUUGUGUUCUUUAAACAGAAAAUAUCAUAAUGCAUCUCAUUGUGUCAGUCUCAUCAUGUAAAAACAUAUUUCACAUAGAUUGACUUGAUAUUUUUGUAGUAUUUUAUACAGAAACUGGGCUAGGUAAGAAUUGUUAGACUUGUUUACCACUCUACGGUACUGCACAAACAAAGGAGUCCUACCAUUUAUUACAUUUUUUUCACUCACUGGUGUUUGGAGUGUCUGAGUCCUAGGCUGAUGCAUUGCACAUGUGACCAAAUAAUAAAGUUCAUUAUUGAAUGAACUGUUGGCAAAACCUGUACAUUUCAGAUGUCUAACGCAUUGUGGACAUAUAGUGUAGCAGAGAAACAUCACCUGCAAAUAAUGCCAAACCCUCUCCUCUCAAUUUCAGGCAGCAUUAUUUUAGUAGGCUAAUUGUUAUCUCAAAUUAAUCGUGGAAAGAUUUCAUAACACAAAAUAAAACAUUUUA